UACUAAUUUAAAUACUCUCAAUUUCAAAAUAACGUAUUUACGCAAGUCAAAUUAUUGAAAAAUUGGAAGCUGUGUACAAAACAAGCAGUGUCAUGCUCCGUCUCGCUCUACGGGUUCCCUAGAUCACGAAAAACAUGUUUCCGAUAGUAAAAAUAUCAAUAUUUUUGAAGAUAAUCAUCAAGAAAGGUUAAUUAUGCAUCAUUAUGGGUUAAUUAAACGAGUUAGGACUCAAAAAACCGUUAAAAUAGCCAAAAACGCAAUUUUCUGAAUUCUGGUAACGUCGCGCUUCUGUAGCGGCAAACUUCAGACGGUACCCGUAGCCAGGACUCUAAACUUUAGUUCCCGAGUAAUCCGUACACGGCGAGUGGCGCUGAAGGCAGCCGAACUCGCGUAGCAACAGCCGAAUUUAAACGAGAACGAUCACUAGAUUCAUGACCUCACUCAGCAACGGACAUUCGUUCGAAACGGAAGGAAAGCGCGUAGGAAGCAAUCGAAAAUUGUAAUUCAAAAAGGAUUCAGGACAUACACGGACGAAAAAGGUAAAACGGAUGAUUUAGGCAUGCAGGAACUAGGACAAAUAAUAAAUAAAUGGAAAGUAGAAAUAUGUAAAAAAAAAAAAAAAGAAAAAAAAGAAAAUGAGGAAGUAAACGGGAAUAGGAAAUAAUUUUUAGAAUCAUUAUGACAGGAAAUAAAAGAAAUGGAUGCUUCCACUCAAAUGUCGGUGGAGAGGAAGAAUUUCUCGCAACAAAUUGGACACGAGGGCGAAUGGGAUACGAGCAGUUCAAGUUUGGGGGUGGAAAACGUGCAAAAAGAGAACAGGGAACAUGGAAGGGUCAAAUUCGUUCCAAUUUUGAAUCUCGAAAUGAGCAGCAAAAGAAAACAGAACGUGGGGACGCAAACUGGUGGCUGCUCAAAAGAAAAGGCUGUCCAAACGGAAUGGAGAUUGGAAACGAUAGAGAUACCUGAAUCACGGAAAAGCUCACGUCAAAAUGUGCUAUUGCUCCUAGCUCGCUCGUUCUGUUUUGAAAAGAUGCGACGCGAGUUUACAACUCCUCCACUUCUCUCGCCAAUAAAAGAAAAUAACUGCGAAAAUGGGGAUAUGGAAAAUGAUGACUGGACACAAUGGAAAGUGGGCGAGUUUAGAUGGAGCAUCGACAAUAAAGAAAAUAACUCAAAAGGAGAUGUAAAUGAGGGAAGAAAGAAAAGGGAGAAGAAUUGCGAAAUACAAGAAAUUACGCCUUCCAAGAGAAUAAAGGGGAUUCAGUGUCACAAGAAAGGAAGACAAAUUAACGAAAAGGAUCUGCAAACGCUCGUUGAGAAAAAUUGGGUGAACGACGAGGUCAUAAAUAUAUAUCUUGACAUGAUUAUGGAGAGAGGAAAUUUGGAGCAAAUUCAAUUUGAGAAGGUGUUUUGUUUCAACACAUUUUUUUUUCCGCGACUUCAUCUGAACGGAGAGGAGGCCGUGAGGAGAUGGACCAAGAAAGUAAACAUUUUCAAGUACGACAAGGUUUUUUUUCCCAUUCAUCUGGGAAAUCACUGGCGGAUGAUAAUUGCUGAUUUUGGAACCCAAAUUAUCACGUACUACGACAGUUUGAUGGGAGAAAAUUUGAGACACCUCGAAACUGUGCGUGACUACAUCACAUUUGAGGUUGUUCAGAAAAAUGAAGAUCGUUUCAAAGAGAACGAAUGGAAAUUUCGAGUCGAUAAAAGUGCUCCAAAACAAAAGAAUGGAUACGAUUGUGGAGUAUUUGUGUGUCUCUACGCGAAUUAUAUAUCCGUAAACAAGCCAUUCGAUUACGAUCAAGAUGAUAUUCCGAAAUUGCGUCUGAAGAUCAGCCAAGAAUUAAAAAACCAAGAGUUAGAUUAAAAAGAGAAGGAACAAGGAAAGACUCACAGUAUCCUUGUCUGAG